AUGGCGAAUGAGAAAGUUAAUGCGAGUGUCCCUCUUUCUGCAGUGAAGAGCCCAGACCUCAAGGUCAGACAGAGGCUGAAGAGCGACCGGGUGAAGGCCAUAUGGGACGACAAGAAGCACGCGGUGUUUGUGAGGAUCUGCUUGGAUCAGAUGCGGGCAGGCAACAAGCCCCACAAGACCCUGAACAAGCUGGGCUACAUGAAUCUGGAGAGAGAGUUCUACAAGCAGACGGGAUUUUACUACUUCAAGGACCAGCUGAAGAACCACUGGGACAGCACGAGGAGGGACUGGCAGGCGUGGACUGCGCUGAGGAACCAGGCGGGGGUCGGAUGGGAUGAUGCCAAGGGGACUUAUUCUCAGACGGAGGAUUGGUGGGCGAGCUUUGCCAAGGUUUGUACUACCAGUGAUGCUGCAGUCGUCAUGUCCUCCUCUUCGCUGUCAGUGAUCGCCAUCUCUUCCUUGCCUGCUCGCAGAGGUUCCCCGGUGGUGACAAGUUCGCUCACCACCCCCUGGACCACGCCGAGGAACUGGACCUCCUGUUCGGGGAAGGCUCCGGCCGGUCUGACGGUAUCGCCCAGUCGCCGCCAUCGUCUGAUGCCACCCCGUCUGCCGCCACCAGGGAUUCACAGUCCGAUCCCGCCCCGGAGAGCCACGGUGAGGCUGAGGAGCCUGACGGGCUCAUUGUUGUCCGGCAGAACUCCGCGCGGGUGGAGGAGUCUGGGGAGACGGCCGGGCGGCCGGAGAAGCGCCCGCGGCCAUCCGACGGCACCAAGUGGGAGGCCUGCAUGAAGCAGGUCUGCGACAUCCUCCUGGGCGGGUCGAAGCUGCUGGCCUCCUCACCGGCCGAUGACCCGGCUUCCAUUGCAAACGCCAUGGCCCUCCUCAAUGGAACCUAUGGAGUGGAGAGGAACUCCGAGGAGUGGCUGUUUGCUGUCUCAAAGCUCCGAAAUGAGUCCGUCCGGCAGCUGUUCCUGGCGCUGGGAGAUGCAGAGAGCCGGGCGGCUUGGAUCAAGAGGGAGUAUAGGCUGGCCCAUGGGUAG